GAUUACAAGUUUUGAGAGGGAUAGAAUUGUCCUAAACGUCAAAGCAUUUUUUUUUUAACUUCUUAAUUUUCUCUCUGUUAUCUGGUCAUCUUCGUUUUCUCCCGUCUCUCCAAAAAACCUCUCGCUCUCUCUCUGUCUCUCUGUCUCUCUCUCUCUUCCAAUCCGACCGAUUUUCGAGCUGCAAAACCCGACGAAAAAAAUACGGAUUUAUAAAGUAACUGACGUUGUCUUUGUAAAUUCCGGUGCUCCGAUUCAGGGUGUGAGAAGAAGAAAAUUUACUGGUUGAUGGCAGUAUUUUACGGUUUAUUGGGAUUCACACUGUUCCUCGCCGCAGAGGCCUAAAUUCUGCAGUCUCUGCUUUGGAAGUUUCCAUAUUCGCCGCCGCCAUGGAUUCCGUCACGCACUCUGCAGUAACGCCCAAGAAGAGCCGCCUCGCCCGCACCUUCGCCAAGGUCCUGCACGCGCGCGCCGCCGCCGGAGUCGAUGAAGAUAUCAGAAAGGCCAAAUCUCGCGAGAAGAUGAAGAAGGAUCGCUUCAAAAUUGACGAGGAGAUGCGAGAUAAGGCGGUUAGAGAAGCGUUUGUGGCGAAGCUCUUCGCCGGUUUAUCUUCGAUUAAGGCGUCGUAUGCUCAGCUGCAGUACGCGCAGUCGCCUUACGACGCCGACGGAAUUCAAUCGGCGGAUCAGGUGAUCGUGGCGGAGCUGAAGAAGCUGUCCGAGUUGAAGCAGUGCUACUUGAAGAAGGAGCUCCAUGAAUCCUCUCCGGCGAAGGCGCUGCUCGUCGCGGAAGCUCAGGAGCAGAGUAGUCUCGUGAAGACGUACGAGAUCACGAGUAAGAAGCUCGAUUCUCAGGUGAAGCUCAAGGAAUCGGAGAUCAUGUUUUUGAAGGAGAAGUUGGUGGAGAUCAAUGGCGACUGCAAGCUGCUCGACAAAAGGCUCAACUCGAGCGGAGUACAGUUGGCGUUUCCCGAUGGCGCGGAGCUGUCGAGGCUGAGGCCGAGCCAUUUCGUCGCGCUGCUUCGGCAGGUGGUGAAGUCGGUUCGGAGCUUCGUUCGGUUGCUCGUCGACGAGAUGGAGUCGGAGGAUUGGGAUUUGGACGCCGCCGCGGCUUCGAUCCAACCUGGCGUCUCGUUUUGGGAGCGGACUCACAUUUGUUUCGCGUUCGAGUCCUUCGUUUCUAGAGAGAUUUUUGACGGUUUCGAUCGCCCCUAUUUCUCCCAUGAAAACGUGUCGUCCUCGCCGGAGAAGGAGAAUCUCCGCCGCGUGUUCUUUGACAGAUUCACAGAGCUCAAAUCCCUGAGGCCGGCGGAUUACCUAGCUAGGAAGCCUAAAUCAAAAUUCGCAGCAUUCUGCCGUGCGAAAUAUCUGCGGGUGGUUCAUCGGAAGAUGGAGGAGUCGUUCUUCGGCAAUCUGAAUCAGCGGAAUUUGGUGAGCUCCGGCAAGCUGCCGGAGACGACCUUCUUCGGCGCAUUCGUGGAGAUGGCGAAGCGCGUGUGGCUGCUGCACUGUCUUGCCUUGGCCUUGGAUCCGGAGGCGGCGAUAUUUCGUGUGAGCGGCGGAAGCCGGUUCUCGGAGGUGUACAUGGAGGGCGUGAGCGACGAGGCGUUCGAUGCCUCACCGGAGCCAGUGGUGGCGUUCACGGUGGUUCCGGGAUUCAGGGUUGGGAGCAUGGUGGUUCAAUCUCAAGUGUAUUUGAGCUGAUCGUGGAGGGGUAGAUACAGAUACUACAUCCAAUGAUGAGGCCAUUGGUAGUGAAGAGCAAUACGCUUGGAACCUUUUUUUUCCCAAUCAAAUUUGGUCAUUGCCUUAAUUAGAAUUAGGAUUGUUUAUUUAUAUUCUCUUUUUUCUGGAGAUUUACAUAUGCUUAUGUUGUGUAUCCAAAUAGAGUACGAAUUUUGAUAUCUGCAAAAAUAUUUAAUGAAAUUUGCAGCUGUAAAUUGUACGCUUGUUCAUAUAUUGUAGUAGUACUUUUGUUUAGAGUUCAAA